CCAGGGGCGUCUUCUCUGCGGCCAUGGAAGCCGGAGGAGGCUUGGAGGCGGAGGCGGAGGAGGAGCAGGUGAUGAGCGAGGUGCACCUGGGCUGCCCGCCCCGCUUCCCGGGCCUCUACCUCUCCCGCUUCACCUUCUCCUCCCGCCCGCUAGAGAUACCCGGAGGCGACGACGGCGAGGGUAGCGAUGGGCGCGAGCUCGUCGCAUCAACAAGCAGUUCCUAUGAGCCAGCGAGUGGCUCACCUGACGCUGUCGCUGUGGACGACGACGGGGAUCUCGUUCUCCACCGGAGAAGAAGGAACAGGGAGAGGAGGAGAAGCGAAGAUCAUGUGCUCGCCGUGCAGCACGGCGUCACCUCUUCGCUUCGGAGCGUCGGGCUUCAGGUUUGGAAGGCCGCCAUGCUGUUAACUGACUUUGUGUUGCACAAGAGCUUCACGUCGUCUGAAUUCGACGGUGUUAUUACCAGGGAAAUCGGUGCUGGCACAGGGUUGGUAGGGUUGGCACAAGCUCGAGUUGCUAGAAGGAUUUUCAUUACAGAUAGAGGCAAUCAUAUCCUCGAUAAUUGCUUGGCUAAUGUCCGUCUCAACUCUAGCAUGCUAAAGUUUGAUGAAGCUAAAGUCCAUGUAUGGGAACUGGACUGGAAAAUGUCAUGGCCUCCGCCAGUGGGUACACAUGAUGCAUCUGAUCCAAGUUCGAUAUACUCAUGGUCUUCAAGUGAAAUCGAGGAGGCUGAGCAAGCCACCCUGCUAUUCGCUGCAGAUGUUAUUUACAGUGACAAUCUGACCGAUAUGUUCUUCGACGCAGUGAGGCAGCUUAUGUCACGUGGUGCCAAGAAGGUGUUGUACUUGACCCUGGAGAAGAGGUACAACUUCAGCCUGGACGAACUAGACGUCGUGCCCAAUGGUUACAAGCAUUUUCGAAGCUUCUUCGCGGUUCAAGAUGGAUGUGGAGCCAAGGACAAUGCUACAUCGAAACCAGGCCUUGUGGGGGAGCAGGUAGACCUUGCGAGGGUUCCUCAGUACAUCAGAGAAUACAACAGAGGAAGGAUCUGGAGAUGUGGAAGCUCAUGUAUUGGCCAGACUAAAAAGAGCAUUGUCGGUUUACAAAUUUUAGAGGAGUUCAGACUGUUUAUGUUCAUUCUGUCUGGAAAUUAUGUGUUCCCCCUAGGAUACACAUCUUCAUGUGGCCGCUGGAUAAUAACCAGCUUAUGACCAAAGACAAGUUAUAGAAAAGAAACCUUGCAAGGUCUGAAGAUUGUCUGUUUUGCUC